CCGAGGUCUAGAUCUUUUACGCUAGUCUUUCCUUAGUUAGCCUGCCCCCUUCCAAGCCUCGUCACUGCACGCGACUUGCGAUUUCGUCUCUCAUUUCCACGAGGUACUUAUCUCAACAGUCUUCAACGCUGCGAUGCUUUCCUGGAUCCCAACACUUGGGUCAUGUCUCAAGUGCGAACAGCGCAUGUGAGAAAGCCGCUCGAUGGAACGUAGCGCGAGCAUGUGGACCCCAGCGGCCUCACAAGUUCCUGUCCCACCGGUACAGUUACCACCGGUACAGUCCAACGGCGCACCCCAUAUAUCAGCGCGAGAGCCGAUCUAUUACACGCCACGAAAGAAACAAGCCUGCUCGCGGUGUCACACCAAAAGGAUCAAAUGUCUAGGGGGUGUGCCAUGCCGAAACUGUGCGCUUUCCAACUCUCCGUGCACUUUUCCGCCGCCACGAAAGAGCCGGAACUCAGUGAGCCAGCAGCGUCCAGGUGUCUUGGCCGGCAGUUUGCAGGAUGAUCAAUCUUCACCUCCGGCAGCUCUUGACCUGAAUGCAACCCCGAUCCCGACAAAACUGGGGAGCUAUCGACGUUGCGAGAAAGACUUCACCUCGAGCCGGUCCAGCCAGGACAAUCAAGUCUCAAGGCCGAACUACCGCGGAAGUCCUUUAUGCCGAACGUUUGUCGAGCAAUUCGUAAGUCUGUGUGCCCUGCAGCGACUUCAACUUGAUCCUUUUGGGGAGAACGCCUUUGAUCCAUCAUGGGCCACGUUGGGCCACCCAGAUCUCGACUUGUCCAAUCCUGGCCUGGAGAUCUCGGUUGACACGAUCCUGUCUCGGCCUCCGAUAAGACCGGAACAUGCAAAGCCCGUCAAGAUCCGCCUCCCGCCCUACAAUCACAGCAUAUACUUGAUCCAAUGCGUUGAAUCUGCAAUUUGCCACGAACAACACUUCUUCCGACGACACCACCUUCGCUCCAAGGUUGCGCAGAUGUACCAAAAUCCUGAAUCUCCUCAGAGCAAAGAUCAGGGUUGGUUAUGUCACUGGCUUGCCAUUAUCGCGCUUGGCGAAUUAUACAACAGCAGUGGUCAAGCAGGUCGUAGUGACCCACUUGAGUCCCGCAACUCCAGAUCCCAGAGAGGCACCGAACCACCGGGAUCAGACUAUUAUCAGCAGUCCGUUGCCUUUUUGCAACAGGUGGCCGAGAGCCCUGAUGUACAAUACAUCUCCACCCUCAGCAUGCUUGCUAUCUACGCGUUCUCUAUGGACAGGGUAAAUACCGCCUACAUGUACAGCGGACUAGCUCUGCGCGCUGCACUAUCUCUCAACUUACAUCGAAGCUCACUCGACUUCCCAUCGGAAAGAACCAAUCUUUCAGCUGCGGAACUUGAACAUCGAAAACGAUUAUUCUGGACAGUCUACUAUCAGGACCUAUUAACCACUUCCACCGCCGGGCGCCCGUGGGGAAUUUUGGACGACGAGAUUACCUUAGACUACGCGGAUUCCAGUCGACUGUCAGGCGACGCCAUGCUGGAUUUCUUUGAUUCAGAAGAACUUAAUGCGCAUCUGGAACUCAUGCGCUUGCGAGGUCAGGCGCUUUCUUCAUUGUACGGUUAUGCCGGGACCGCAAUCAAUCCGCAUUCACAUAUCUCUUUAUUUGACUUCGAUUUGGGUAACUCUUUGCCUCAACAGCAUUUGGAUAAGAUGUUUGAAUUUCACCAAGCGUUUAUUGCAUGGCAAGAGAGCCUUCCAACAAAGUUGAAGCUUGUCCAAGUCGCGGACGGAACCAUGCUUAACCUGAGCCGCGUCAAUGCAAGCCUCUACCUAAUUUAUCACCAGGCAAUUCUGACAUUACUUCGACCUGCCUUGGUCAAUCUUCACAACGAAUGGUACGCGUCGCAAACAGAGUCGCCUUCACAGGUGAUUCAUGCUCAUCUGCAGGCUUGGGAAUCGAGAUCAAUGCUCUCAAUCUUCCAUAAUGCAUGCCUGGAAUCCGCAUGCGAGAUCUCCAACAUUCUGCAGUGGCUACAAUAUCAAGGAGCACUCUCAAUGCAUUCCUAUUUUGAUGCUAGCUACGCCUUCACUGCGGCCGUUGUGUUGUACAUUGCCAGAAACAUGCGAUCAUCUACAAAUCCUGAAUCGCGUCAGCUGCCAUUUUCUGAGGAGCAUCAGUCUGCCCUAGACACGACGGUUCGAAUCCUCGGUCAGCAGAGCUCGGUUGGUAAUGUCCCAGCAAGAGAGUUCGAGAGGCAGCUACGGGUACUCGAAAACAACUUGCAGGCCUUGAAGACAGGGCUGGACAAUCACAUUGGCUUGGACGAUCUUGAUUUCGACUACGUCGAUGGAAAUCUUACCCCUUUCCCACCAAGCACACAUGCAGCCACGUUUUCAGGACCAUAGGGACGGUACUGCACAAACCCCACUAGGACUGUCGACCUGGGACAAUUUCGACGAUCUUCACGUUAUCUCACUUUGAAAUGGGUUCAGAGGAGGUAUCUUCAUCCCACGGUCAUCGAUUUAUGCCACUGAUCACAAUCUUGCCCUUGGCUCUCCCGGUCUUGAGCUUCUCGAAUGCCUGCGGCGCCUGCUCGAAAUCAAACACAGAGUCCAGCGUGACCUUCAGCUUGCCCUCGCCAAUCCACCCGGCGACCUUCUUCUGGUCCUCCUCCUUGACCGAGCCGAGAGCCACCAUCUUGAACUUCCUCGGCGUGCCGCCCAAGAAUGUGGGCCAUAUCAGACUGGCAAGCAAGCUCAUGUUCGCUUUCAUAUUGCUCGGAUCGCCCGCAAUCAAGACGAACACGCCAUUCUUCUUGAGGAAUUUGACCGACUGGCUGUGAAGGUCCAGUGGGUGGCCGACGUAAUCGAGCACGGCAUCGUACUUGAGCCCGUCCCUGGCCAGCGUCGUGACCAGGUCCUGCGUCUUGUAGUCCACCACCUCGUCGGCACCCAGGCUCUUGACCAGAUCCGCGUUGGCACUCGAACAAGAAGCGACAACGCGACGACAGCCCAGCAACUUUGCGAUCUGGAUCCCGAACGUGCCGACACCGCCCGACCCGCCGUUGAUGAAGACCGUGUCACCCUGCUUGACGUACGACGAGAUCGUGGCGAAAGCAGUAAAGGCCGCGAUGUAGAUCCCGGCUCCCUGCUCCGGCGUCAGGCCUUUGGGCAGGGGCACGAUGCUCGAUUUGGGCACAGGUGCAUACUGCGCCAGGACGCCGUGCUGCCCGGGGAACUUGGCCAUGCCGAACACGAGCUCGUCGCCGCUGCCGGAGCCAGUGACUCGGCGGCCGCAGAAGUCGACGCACGGAACCGCCGGUCUUCUGACGGCCAGGGCGCCGAGGUAUGGGAUUUCGGGGAUCUUGUAGUCUGCCGGGUUGAGACCUGCGCUGAGAACCUCUACGAGCACUUCAUUUUUGCCGACUGGCGGCAAGGGAACGUCGGUCUCGAGCUUCAGGUUCUUCUCCAUUCCGCCCACCACGGACGUAUACCGCCAUGCCUUCAUCGCUGUUGGCGGACUCAUUGCUGCCUGCAUCUGUGUGUGUGUGUGUGUG